AUGGACAAUAGUGAAAUAAAAGUUAUUUUAUCCGAGAGAGGAAAAGAAUUAGCCUAUGUUGGUACUUUUAAGUACAGAUUUAUUGGAUCGAUUAAAAAAGGCGAGUUAUUAAAAUGGCGAUGCACAAAAAAUAAUUGUACAGCUAUGAUUUAUUCUGGACCAGAUAAAAAUAUCGUUAUUAAAUCAAGUGGACAACAUAAACAUAAAGGAAAUUCACCUAAUAAAUUAGAAAGGCAAGUAUUACGUGAAAAUUGUAAAAGACGUGCUGAAGAGUCACUAUCAACUCAACCUUUAAAGUUGAUUAGAAGUGAACUUUUAAAUGAACAAUCUUCAAUUGUUCAUAAAGAUUUAAAAACGGUUCGUAAAGCUAUGUACGAUAGACGACGAAAAGUACUUCCCAAAUUGCCUAAGUCACAAGACAUUUUUUUACAGUUGAAUUUAAUGAAAACUCAAGAUGAUUUUAAGUUUCGUGGACAACCAUUCAUACAUAUUCCCGAAGACAAUAGUUUUGUAUGCAUUACUUCUGAUUUCAACCUACUAUUUAUGAUUAAGCAUGAUUGUAUUGAUUUUUUCGCCGAUGGAAGUCAGUUCAUAUUAAAAAAAUUACACGUUGACUUUGAAAAGGCAGCCCACCAAGCCGCGUAUGAAGUUUUUGAAAAUGUACAAUUAAUAGCUUGUCGAUUUCAUUUAGGACAAUCAUGGUGGCGAAAAAUAAACAGCGAUUCUAUUCUCAGAAUAGCCUAUAAAAAAGAAAACGACGAACUAGGAAAUUGGCUUAAGAGUUUUUUUGGGUUAGCUUUUUUACCUAAUCAUGAAGUAGCCGAUGCAUUCGUCGAACUCAUGAGUGUCUGCCCAAAUGAUAAAGUCUGCUCAGAAUUUAGAGAUUAUGUUUUCAAUAAUUAUAUAGAUGAUGAAUCUCCAUUUCCCCCAAAUAUAUGGGCUAAAGAACCUAUGUUUGAUCCAAGGACAACCAACGCUGUUGAAAGUUUUCAUAGAACUUACAAUUCACAAUUUUAUAAGUCUCACCCACACAUACACUUGGUAAUUAUGGUUUUACAAGAAACGCAAGCUGAAACGAUGACAAAAAUUCGGUCAAUUGAAACCGACAGUUAUAAAAGUAUGAGUUUUAUUGAAAUGCAAAAAAUUAAUGCAACUAUAAUGGCUUACGAUGAAUAUUUAAGAAAUAAAUGUUCUAAAGAUUUACUAAAAUAUUUAUUAAAAGUGGGAAACAAGUAUUUAGGGAUACCACUUUAA